AUGGCACAACGAGCUCAGCAGGUCUCCGCCCAACUGAACUACCCCAAGGGUAUGUUUCCCGGCCAGGUCGCCAUCAUCACGGGAUCAGGGCAAGGCAUUGGCGCCGAAUGCGCUCGAUUGUUCGCCAACGAGGGCGCUUACGUCGUCGUCUCGGACAUCGACAAAGGUACGCUGGGAAGAGAGUCGAGUUGAGUUGAGCAAGGCACCGAGCUGAGCUGCGGACUGCACAGAGAAAUCGCAACAGGUUGCGGACAGCAUCAACAGGAAUGGCGGCAAGGCCAUCUCCGUUCCCGGUGACAUCCUGAACGAUCAGUACAUCAAUGAGCUGGUCAAGAAGGCGGCCGAGUUUGGCAACGGCAAGAUCCACGUCAUCAUCAACAACGCCGGCUUCACAUGGGACGGCGUCAUCCACAAGGUAUACAGCUGGAGUAACAGAUCCAACGUGGGGAGAUGAUUACUGACAGUACCAGACCACCGACAAACAAUGGGACACGAUGCUGAACCUCCACGGAACUGCCCCCUUCAAGCUCAUCCGCGCCGCAGCGCCCUACUUCCGCGUCAAGGACGGCGAGCCACGCAGUAUCGUCAACAUCUCCUCCACCUCCGGCAUCCACGGCAAUGCAGGACAAGCCAACUAUGCUUUCGCCAAGGCAGGAGUCACGGGACUGUCAAAGGCGAUCGCCAAAGAGUGGGGACCAACCUUUGGCGUCAGGGCGAACACAGUGGCAUUCGGAUCCAUCCAGACCCGAUUGACCGCCGCGAAAGAGGAGGGCGCCUUUGUGACAACGCCGGAUGGACAGAAGAUCGCGCUUGGAAUUCCACAGAAACAGCUCGAUCAGAGGCAGGGAAGUCCGCAUAUUCCUCUGGGCAGGCCCGGCACGGCCACUGAAGCUGCGGCGGCCGUCAUGGCUGUUUGCAGUCCCCUUUUCAGCUAUGUCUCUGGACAGACCAUCAGCGUGACAGGCGGGAUGAAUUGCUAG